AUGAAAGAAGUGGUAAGAAAAGAGGCACUCAAAUUUCUUGAGGCGGGUAUGAUUUAUUCGACUUCUAAUAGUUCUUGGGUUAGCCCGAUGCAUGUAGUUGCAAAGAAAGGGGGAAUGACUAUAGUGCAAAAUGAAAAGAAUGAACUAAUUCCAAUCCAUACUGUAACGGGGUGGAGAAUGUGCAUUGAUUAUCGCAUGUUAAAUCUGGCUACUAGGAAAUACCACUUUCUCUUUCAUGCAAUUUACUAUACCAUCAAAGUUCUAAAUGAAAAUCAAGUAAAUUACAUAACUACGGAAAAAGAAUUGUUGCAUGUGGUAUUUGCAUUGGAAAAAUUUCGCCCUUAUCUAAUUGGUUCAAAAGUUAUUAUUUAUACAAAUCAUGCAGUUUUGAAAUAUAUAUUAGACAAGAGUGACUCAAAGAUUGGAUUGUUGAGAUGGGUGCUACUACUCCACGAAUUUGAUUUAGAAAUUAAAGAUGAAAAGGGAGUAGAGAAUGUAGUGGCUGAUCAUUUUUCCAGGUUGGAGAAUGCAGAAGUGAUAAAGAAAGAAAAAAUCAUUAAAGAAAAAUUCCCAGAUGAAUAA